AUGGACGCACACCGCACGGACGCGCCCGCCGAGACAAGCCCGACCCUCGCGCCGGCCGCCAUGGAUGCCAUCACCGCUCCCCGCGCCCCGGACGCGCCGCGUCGCUGCUUCAUCUGCCUGACGGACGAGGACCCCGCCGACGCGCCCGGCAGCUGGGUCGACCCGUGUCCCUGCACGCUCGAGGCGCACCAGGACUGCAUGCUGUCGUGGGUGACGGACUGUGAGCGCUCCAACCGCCCGCUCCGGUGCCCCGUCUGCAAGUCGCCCAUUGAGAUGGAGGGCUCUUGGGAUCCCGUCGUCUUGCUGAGCGACCUCAUCGCCAAGCGUUUCACCAAGACGAGCCCCCUUGUGCUCUUUACUGCUCUGUCCUUGGGCGUCCAAUUCAGCAUGCAAAUGUACGGCGCCAUGGCGCUGUGGACAUUCUCCGGCAAGGACGCCAUGAUGCGCUUUGUCAUGGGGCCCGGGAUGAUGAUUGAUGGCAGGCGCACGGCGCCGCUGGCGUUCGCGCGCGAACGCAUCACCAACGCCUUGGUUCUGAUGAAUGUCGCCCCGGCUCUGCUCGUGGGACACUUGUUUCCCGGCUGGAGCAACAAGAUCUUUCUGCCCACGGCGUCCUUUUACGGCAUCUACCACGUCAUGCACGACGAACAAUUCUUCACCUGGCCGCCGUCCCCGCAGCUCGCCCUGGCCGUCUUUCCCUACAUUCGCUCCGUCUACUACAACCUCUACAAAGAGCUUGUCCUUCCUUACGAGACUAGGAUGAACCGCCAGCUUCUCGGGCUGCCGCCUGUGCCGCCCCGACCCGAGCCCGCCAACGACGGCAAUCAGAACAAUGCGGCGCGCAAUGCGGCCCAUGCCCAGGGCGGCAUAGUUGGCAUUUUGCAGACACUCAUUGACGCGCUCGACCAGGAAGAGGCUGACGGCCACCCGCAGGCCGACGAGUUUCAGCUUGACUUUCGCGGCGAGGAGGCCCAAGGUGAAGGCGGUGGCGAGGACGCCAUCAUGCUCGAGGUCAUUGUGGAAGAGCUGGACAUGAAUGAGGCCGCGGGUGGCGAGAUCAACGAGGGCGCUCCGGAAGCUGCACCAGGUGAAGCUCCAGCAGGAGAAGUCGGUGAGGCUGGCCAAGUCGUUGCAGACGAUGCCGCAGGCGACGCUGGUGAUGCCGCAAACGCUCCAGCCGACGACGCUGCUCCCGCUCCCGUCGUGCCUCUAGCCGCACCGGCCGAUGCUGCGGCCGACGCGCCAGCCGGCAACCACGAAGCGCCCCCCGCUCCCGCGCGGCGCAUGGGCCUUGGCGCGAUCCUCUCCAACGUGUCCAACGCCAUUGUGAGCGCCCUCAUAUUGCCUGGCGUCUCCUUUAUUGCCGGCGAGGCCCUGCGUCUUGUCCUGCCCAAGGAGUGGACCACCGCGACGCGACGCAACCCAUGGAUGCGCUCCUCCUCCACCACCGCCGGUGGUGGCCGUCCAGGGCUCUUUCAGCAACAAUGGGGCCGCAGUCUGGUUGGCGGGUGCCUCUUCAUUGUGCUGCGCGACAUGCUUCGGGUUUACACCAAGACGCGCAAGGUGGCGGCGCUGUCGAACCGGAGAGUCAAGAAUGUGGACCGCCCGAGACGGUUGAAGAAGUAG